AUGGAGGUGGGUUUUUGUGCCAAGAGAUAUUGGUUUGGGUUGCUGGUGUUGGGCUGGGCAACAGCGGUGGCCGGGUUGACGGACUGCAGCACGGUGACGUCGCUCAUAUCCGGCUGCUCCAACUUCGUCGCGUACGGGACGCCGGACCCGACCCUGGGCACCCCCUGCUGCGACGGGGUGGUCAGCCUCUACAACAUCGCCUCCGGCUCCACCGACGACCGGAGGUCGGCAUGCAGCUGCCUCAUGGCCCUCAUCACCACCUACGGUCCUAAUGCCACUGCCAUUGCCCACCUCCCUGGCCUCUGCGGUGUCUCCCUCGGCUUCAUCAUCGAUCCUAGCACUGACUGCACCAGGUAA